AUGCUCCAUUUUUUAAUUUCCUUGUUCGUUAUAGUGAAAGGUCCUGAAGACUGGCACGAUCUAGAGCUGAAAAAAGACAAUCAGUGUGGUGGAAAUAGACAAUCCCCAAUAAACAUCAAAACAAGCGAGGUUGAGGAAGAAGAUAGCUACCGUCGUUUAAAAAUCACUUUUGACAACGCAAGGGGACUUGUUACUGGAACGCUUGAAAACACUGGGCAUUCACCUAAACUUGAAAUUGCUGAUUCCAAUGGAGCUUCUCUAACUGGAGGUCCCCUGGGGAAUAACAAAUUCGAAUUGAUCGAGUUUCAUGUUCACUUUGGCUGUGUUAAUGAACGCGGGUCUGAACACAAGCUCAAUGGAAAACAACUGUCUGGUGAGGUAAGUGAUAACAACGACGUAAACCUUUUUUCUUUUACGUUUGACUCAAUUCGGUAUUUCUCAUAUCCUGGCCCGUAAUAUCUUUGUUACAGGAAACGAUUGCAAUGGACGAAACGAUUACCCAGGACGGGAAUGUAUGUAAAUCUCCAACAUUUAGUGCUGAGCCAUAUUACUCGCAAUUGCGGGCGCAGUGCUUUCUUGAGUGAUCUUUCAGUGGGCAACAAAGUGGGAGUAUGAAAAAGUUGAAAAAGACUAACCAGAAGUUAUUGUUGUACAGAAAACAUCUUACUAUUUAGACACUAAACGAUCAAGUGCCUCCACUAGGUCCCUACUUGAACCAACUCAUCGGGAAUGACCUUAAACUUCUCUUGUUUUCCCCAGCUUCACAUGGUAUUUGGUCAUGGUGAAGAACCACGAGCUGUUGUAGCCGUUUGGAUUAAGGUACAACCUGCAGUCUACCUUCCUUCCUGCAAUUCGUCCUCAAUAAACAUUACAACUUAAAUAUACAGAGCAACCUUCCCCUCCCCUUCCCCUCCUUCGUAAAGAAGUAAAAUCCUAUUCCUGCAAAACGUGGCUAUAACCAUCCAGAGACAAAAUAAUUCCAAUAAUUCAGAGCGGUUUGCUAUGAAAGUGCUAGUCUAUUUACUCAAUAAUAUUUUUUAUUUCCUUUAAAUUAAAUAAGGCCGAAAUGUAAAGCCUACAGAGACUUUCAUUAAUUUUUAACCAGUUGUGUCACCUUCGAAAAAAACGGGCAUCUAAACCAGUGAAAAAGAUUAAAAUAAUGAAUUCUUGAGAAGUCUAUUUGGAUGCACCUUAAUAUAUGUGUGACUUGAAGGGGAAAUUAAAAUUAUAAUAAGCCUUUUGGAAGAUGGCGUCAUUUUACUUCUACGACCAUAAUCCUUUCGUUUUCCCUGUUCAUAUAUAAAUUUGGUAAUCCCAGCGAGGAUGCAAUUACCAAAGCCCUAAUUUGAAACAAAGCAAAGCCAUGAAGGAUUCUGGUCGUAAUAGAAGAGUAACGUCAUCUUGACGUCAUUCUAAAUUGUUUAAUUAUUAUAGGCACCUUCCAAGGGAAACAAAAUUUUUGGAAAGUUGGCAAAUCUGAUGCACCACAUUAUCAAGCCUGGUAGGUGUUUUAGAGAAACUAAAAGCGAAGAAUACGGGAAACAGCCAAAACCCACCACCAUCUAGCAGCUACUAUUUAAUUGUGAUACCACAGCGUAGUAGGAGGAUGCACCGAUCCUCUCCGUGCUAAUUAACAAUAUAAUUUUCGUUAGAUUUUAGAGUAGGUAUAAAUUCUCUGCAAUAUCACAAAAACAGAUCACAAGCUACGACUAACAAAGCUACUAAUACAAAAUGAGACCAAUAACUAAAAGCCUCCUCCGCUGGUCUGCUUCACAGCCGUUCUUUGUACUCGUCACGCAACGCUCUUCUUGGGGAGGAACGUUGCGUGACGACACAAAGAACGGCUGAACGUGGAGCAGACCAUUCCUCCGCAGGAUACUGUGACUAAGGCAUAGUUUUAACAUAGCUUAAAACACACACAGUCGUGCAACACUUGUAGUCAUAUAUUCCAAAUCCAAAAUUGUUCCCUAACUUCCUUUCAUUAAAAGCAAGAUUGUUUUACUGGACAAUUGAUAAGACACGAGCCUCGAGUUACUUGCAUGGCUUCAAAAGAUAUAGCUUAGGUUCGUAGGUUAAACAAUUACUUUAGGGUAACAAAAAAUUGUUAGCAGUUAGCUAUUAACAAUAAUGUCUCUCUGAUCCAUCAUAAGAUUACAUUAAACCUUCUGUUCAACUGCCAGUGACAGAGCCAAUGGGAUGGGGACAAGUAUUUUGCAACUCUAAAUGUGGGUCUGAAUCUGGUGUGCGAACCUCGGUUAUUAGUUAAUAAUAUUUCCAACCCUAGAACAAUCCGUAAACUUUUUGCAUCUUGAGAACUCACCUCGAUAGCUUCCAAGUAAAAACAACCAUACUUUCCAAAAUUCACGAACCUCUUUUGAGUUUGUGGACAAAAUCUUACUGUGUGACCUCUGAAAUGUGAGGUACAAUUCACCGUCAUAUUAUUUUUACAGAGGAUACCUAUCCUGUGACAAAGGAAGAUGGAAUUUAUUUAAAGGAUCUCAUUCCCAAAAAAUGCUUCAUUAAAAAGGGCAAAGAUAAUGGUGGCAAUGGUAACGGCAAUGGUAAUGGCAAUGGUUGUGGCAAUGGCAAUGGCAAUGGUAAUGGCAAUGGAAAUGGCAAUGGUUAUGGCAAUGGUAAUGGCAAUGGUUGUGGCAAUGGCAAUGGUAAUGGCAAUGGUAAUGGCAAUGGUUAUGGCAAUGGUUAUGGCAAUGGUAAUGACAAUGGUGGUAAUGGUAAUGGCGGCAAUGGUAAUGGUGGCAAUGACAAUGGUGGUAAAGACAAUGGUGGUAAAGACAAUGGUGGCAAUGACAAUGGUUAUAAAAAGAAGAAAGGAGGCGCCAAACGUUUGACUUUAAAAUGUUACUUCACUUACCGGGGUUCCCUCACUACGCCUCCUUGCACUCAAACAAUACGGUGGAUAGUUUUGAAAGAUUAUAUCCUCGCUUCUACUAGUCAGGUAUGUAAUGCUAACUACCUUGAAUGAAACCUAGGUUAAGUAAACUUCUACGCUUUACAGUUAGGAGUGUACACUCUACAAGUACUAAGAUAACACAUCGGUGGUUCAGCCACUCACUGUCAGAGUAGCUUUGACCGGCUCUUUGACAUUUUUUAAAGGAAUAAAUGAGACUUUCUUUGGAAAUGGGGUGAUGUUGGGAAGACAGAGGCCCUUCCAAGGGGGGGAGGGGGGGUUCCAUGUCGCCCGUCUGAAUUUUAAAACGUCUCGUGUCGGUGUUUACAAAUGCUUGUCGCUUAUUGUCGGCUUUGCCGUCACUGUCGCAAUUUGGCCGAGGGAGGUUGUCUCUCGUCGCGAUUUCAUUUUAAGCGCUGUCGCUACUUUUUGGGCCAUGUCGCUUGUCGGAAUUUACCCUGGCAGGGCCUCAAGACAUUCUUCUCACUGGACAACUCGUUUUUGCCUUUAACAAAUUGGAGGACCUUUUGCCACAUAUGGCGAAUAUUUCAGAAGCAAAAGCGACAACAAUGUCUACCAUGUCAAUGUUUUUAACACUGUACUACAAACAAACAAUUGGAAUAACAGAUGAUGAAUAGUAUGUUAAUGUUUCUUAGACAAGCUUAAAGGAGUCACACAGGCACUGAUUAGUUGAACAAGUGUUCAACUUUCUGUAAACACGAAAACAGUUAGCAUUUGAAACAUUUGGUUAGCAGGAACUGAAAAAGCAUAUUAAAAUUAGGUAACCUGUAAAUUUUAAGCUGUAUAUCGCAAAAUUAGCGAUGGCAACAGCCGCCGAAAAUUACGAGGAUUUGUAUGGUAAAAACGGCUCUUGCCACCCAGUCACGAUUAAGUGGUUUUUCAUAAAAACCCUGUAAAUUUGGAAAUUAUAGGGCUCAAAUCUCCUGUUUAUUCAUAACAGGCAAUUUGAGCCCUUAAAUACGUAAGGGAAAGAUUUAACGACAGUAUUUACAAUGAUUUUGCAAAAGACCUAUUCUACAAAGAUUACGGGCAGGCUCCUCUGUUGCAUAUGCGACAAUGUCAGACCACACAUUCACUGUAUUUAAAUUGAACCACAAACUGUUAGUUUAAAAAACAAAUGAUGCGUCGUUAAUAAACUAAUUAAUUAAUUUUGUUUGUUUUUUGUGUUCUAGCUCGAAAAGUUCAGGAAACUUAAAGCAAAGUAUUAUGGUCCGCACAUGUGCGACAACUUCAGACCAGUCCAAAAAUUGAAUGACCGCGAUGUCUACUCCGUCUCAAAAAAAAAUAAUGACAAGUGA